UUAGUUUUAAAGCAUCUGCAUUGCCAAAUGAAAUAGUAUUGCAAUAUUUAAAACAUCGUUGUGGUAACUGGAAGAACCAAUAUUUUUAUGGUAUAAUCAUAGGAGAGUUAAAUGAAGCUAGUAAAGAACCACCAUCAAAUGAUGAAUUAUUAACAGUUCUUAUAGAACAUUCUGAUGAUAAUAAAAUUACAGCUUUCUUGAAAGAUCAAAAACCACAAUGUAUUGUUAUAACUGCAUCAACUACAACAUUGUGUAAUGAGGUUAAUCAUAUAGUUAAAGAAGGUGCUAACUCUUCGGUGAUUAAAUUUACAAGACCAAAAGUUUUUUAUGAAUAUUCUUGUUCUAAAGGUGCUAUUGAUAUUAAUAAUCAG